AGCUGUGCACGCUGCGGAAGCCACGGCAUCGCUCGCAGCCCAUUGGCAACAACAACACGGCGAACACUACCAGAAUACUGAAAGCGACAACAACAAGGCCGCACCGAGUGAGGGGCUGAGGUUGAAGUGGAAGCGAAGGCUUUCCGGCGGCAAAAGUGUGUUUGAAAUAAUCGAGAGUUGCCGCGAGUAGCGAGUUCAACUUGUGUGUUUCGUUUCGUUGUGUGGCCCUGUAAUCGCACUUGUGCCGGGCAAAGUCGGUGCGUAGUGGGCGGAACCGAGAGGAGCCAGUGCCUCCGCGUCAAGUCACUCUGUCCACAACUGCAACUAAAAGUCGGCGGUGACAAAAGUGAAAGCGGAAACGGAAACAGAGGCGGCAGAGCGCCAGGGGACCGAGGAACAGGCAGCGGCAGUGACAAGUGUGAAAUGUGCGGCUCCAGUGUCGUUUGGUUUCUACUUUGACCCAAAUCGCAUUGCAUCCGAGCAGUGCCGGUGUGUGAACGUACGGUGCGAACGUAUGUCCGACGGUGACCGAUAAGCCAGCCCAGUGGUUGUCACCGCCAACGAAAGUCGCGCGUGCCGGCAGCCAGACAAGUACAUAGAACUCAAGCCAUCGGAGCCAGCCGCAGCAUCCAUUCCGGACUCGUCCGCGCUCGGAAGGCCAUCCACAGUUGGCCGUCUCUGGCAUGUAGCGACAGACGGGCCGCAUUGAUUGACUGCUCACAUCGCAGGAGGCGCGAAGGAGGAGGACCCUCCGAGGACACUACAUUGAAAACGAUUCAUCAUCGCCACCAUUACGCUUCUGGCAUUGUUCUUCGCAGGCGAGUGCGAGGCGGGGAAGCAGAACAGCCACUACAGCAAAUUGAAUGUAAUUUCAUAAAAAGGCGAGUGUUAAUUUUUUGCCCGCCACACAAUACAAGAUAGAUACAGCCAGUGAUACACGGACUCCGACGUGGCUUAAUGUGCUAACACGCAGUGACAUGAAAAAUGAUGAAGACCAUGCAACUUUCGCCCGCACCCAGUUGCUAGAGAAGAAUCCCAGGAAGAAAGGAGCUGCAAAUUUGUGACGCGUGCGAGGAGCAGGGGAGCAUUGUAACUCGCAGGACAACAGGCGACAGACAGCAGACAACAGCAUCGCAUUGAAGGGCGACGGUAAGAGGAAAAGGGAAAAAAAGGCAAAAAAGGAGAAAAGACAAAAAAGGCAGCGUUGCACAUCGGACCAGCAUCAUUUAUCAGCGACGCAUCGCCCCAACUAGCAACACCAGCCCGAGGAGGCAUAUGUGCGCCGGAGAUGCUGGCAUUGUGUGGUUGCCGCAGCUGAAAGGAUUCUGCGCGUUCAUUCAAAAAACCAUUAACCCUAAUAAGCAGCCACAAAAGCCAGCCAGACAAUACGCGCCGCCCGCCCAUCGAUGUGCCAGUCCCCCUCCGCCAUCCAGGACAUAGGCUGUGGACAGUAGGCCGUAGCUGAGGAGAAGCUGCAACUGGGAAGUCCCAGGCCCGGGAAGCGCGAAAGGAAGCCAAUGGUGCCGCCACGGCUGCUGCUGCGUCUGCGGCGGCCCCUGCACCUGAUGGAACUCCGCAUCCUGCUGCUCUGCCUGCCGACGCUGCUCCUGGCCACGACCCUCGAGCCAGAUCAAAAGUCAAUACUCACAGAUAACGACUGGAAGAAGCUAUGGAUGCGCGGCGGUAUGAGUGCCGAUUCAAAAUUGGAUAAUAAUCUCGACUCCAGCGACAGCCCAAUGUUCGAAGACAGUGAGCUGAUGGCGCACAACACAACCGUCCAGCUGGGUGGCACCGCCUUUCUGGUCUGCAAGGUCUCCGGCGUGGACAGAGUGGGUGUAAAUUGGAACCAAAUAUCUUGGAUCCGCCGCCGGGACUGGCACAUCCUGUCGUCGGGGGCCCAGCUCUACACGAACGACGAGCGCUUCGCGAUACUGCACACGCCCGGCUCGAACAUGUGGACGCUGCAGAUAAAGUUUGUGCAGCGCCGGGAUCACGGAAUGUACGAGUGCCAGGUCUCGACGCCGACUGGCAUCAUUUCCCACUUUGUGAAUCUUCAAGUGGUUGUGCCGGAGGCUUUCAUACUGGGCUCCGGCGAACUGCAUGUCGACAUGGGCUCAACAAUCAAUUUGGUUUGCAUUAUUGAAAAGAGUCCCACACCACCGCAGUACGUGUACUGGCAGAAGAACGACCGCCUGAUCAACUACGUGGACUCCCGGCGGGACAUCACCAUCGAGACGACCCCGGGACCCCGCACGCAGAGCCGUCUGAUCAUCCGGGAGCCACAGAUCACCGACUCCGGCAACUACACCUGCUCGGCCAGCAACACGGAGCCGGCGAGCAUCUACGUCUUCGUCUCGAAAGGCGACAAUAUGGCGGCAAUCUCGCGACGGAAGACCUCCUCGGCCGAUCGUCUGACGCACAUAUUCAGGUCGAUGCUGGCGCCCUGUCUCCUGCUGAACACGGUUGUUGUGAGACGCAUCUUCCUGACCUAAGCGGACCUCUUGGCCAGCCUGGCGAGCGGAAGGACGACGACAAAGAAAUCCUAUUUAAGCUAUUUCAGUGUUAGACCUAAACCGAAGCAGAGUUAAUAACUGGAUAACCCAAGUCUAGGAUAAUUGCUAAGCUAAGCUCAGUGAAAGCUGCGCACUCAAGUGUAAAAAUCAAGUUAAUCCAAUCGCAGUCGCUGUGCAUGCAACUAUGUGUGUACUUGUACGUAUGCCAGGCAUUUACCCGUACAUCCAGACAAGUCUAGAUAAGUACCAGUUUAGUUUGUAACCCACUUCCCAUUGAUUGUGUACAAUAUGUUAAAGGAUUUUUAAAUAUGUGCAUUGCGUUUUUGAACAUCGUUCGGUUUGCAUUCACCCAAACUCCUCGGUUGCCGCCCCCUGUUAUGUAUAUAUGUAGUGCCAUUUUCCUUGCUCGGUGAGCUGAGCGCAGAAACUUAUUUGAAAUGCCUUUGUUCGACCCAGUUCAAUGAUUCGCAACCCAAAAAAUGGUUCAUUGUAAACGCAAUUUGCAUAAGUAGCCAAUUUGAGUCCAUUAAAAUGAGGUAUAUUUAUGAGCAAAAACACGCAUUAAAACGCUAUUAUAACUGUUACUAAUUGCUAAUUGAAAACUAAAAACAAAAAAAGAGCAGCGGGCACGUCCAGCCCAGAAGGCAGCAGCAACAACAAGAGUAAAUUUAACGUUAACGAGAAUAAGAACGAGAACAUCAGCCCAUAUUAAUUAAUUAUGUUAAUAAGUUUGUAAAUAAUUUUUAUUGCGAAUGGCAUAGCACGCACACGCACACACAAGGACACACACGGCAAGUAGAAAAAAUUAAUUUAAAUUGUGUAAAUAAAAAGGAAACCAUACAGCUCCAACAACAUCAACCACAAGGCGUACAACUGACUGAAAUGUGCAAUAUAUUGGUCAUUGGAAUGGGACGGAGAUCGGAGAAGAGGUGUGCGAGCAUGCGAAUGCUUUAUGGGCUUUCAAACUGUCAAAAUCCAGCUGUAAUUAAUUGCAAAAGCAGGCAAGGAAAGAGGUGCCAGAAAGGUCGAGGCAGAAACCUAGCUAUAGAGUCAAACAUAGGAUAAUCCAAAUUCACCAAUCAGCCAAAUCAUAAAAUGGAAAAAUAAUUACUUUACAAGCAGAUAUCUAGAAUGGGAAGAUUACUGAAAUCUCCAAAAAAUACACACAUCUUGAGCUCCAAAUACUCCAUCUGACCGGCAGUGGCAGGGAAUAUUUUUGGAAAUAUUUCCAUCGAUUUUCCCACAUUUGUUUCCUGCCUGUGCCAACGAGCUGAACACCUCAAUCAUGAAACAAACAUCUACGUAAUGAAUUAUGUACAACUUCUCGACUGUUUAUUAAACUUGGGCUGACCACACUAAUAGCUGCAGCCUGCACUUACGAUAGAAUACAAUAUAGGGGAUCCGCUCCAAUUCGAGUUGAUGUGUUGUCAGACUUGAGCCAGCAAUAACUAAUCAUUCGUUCAUUGUCGGUACGUACUUUAAAAAAACUGUUAAGAGAUACCAUUUGAAGUUUGAAUAGAUUCAUUAGUGUGAACCCACAGAAACCAAAAACUUAGCGUAAUCAUUAAUACUGAAUAAACUAUAAAACUAUUGAUAAUACCGAAAAUACUAAAUCGAAUCCACAGCCUCCUUGAUGUGUCUGUAUGUGUUUGCUAAUGCCCAAAGCCCGUUGGACACUUUAAAAGUUAUUUGACUCGAUUGAAACAAUCUGAAUUAAAAGAAACACUUAGUUGGUUUUCACUGUUAAGCAUUUCCACUGUAAAUAUUUUGUAUUAACAUACGUAUAUAGAAUGGCUGAUAAUAGCCCUUCGUUAUUUAAUAAAAAUCACAUAUGGAAACAAAGGAAAUAUGAUAGGUAAUUGUACUCUUGGUGUGAAAACAGGCAGAGCAAAAAUAAACGAACAACUAAUAUAGAAUGAUUCAAAUGUUUUCAAUGUAAAUGCUCGAGCAAAUAAGUGUAAAAUUUCAACUUGCAACAAUUUGACGAAUAUGAAUUUAAUAAUAGUACAGAUAUUAAUAAAUCCAUACAAGAACUACAUUGUGCUUACACGCACAGAUACAAAGAGUGGAAACAACAGAAAUACCAAAGCAGCAAUGCAUGGCUAACAAUACGAAUGCAUUCAAAUAAAUCAAGUGAUUAUCAUGGAAAAAUAAAUGUAAUUUAAACAAUAA